UUUGUAAUGGCAGAUGCUAAAUCUGUAGCGCUAUUUGACUCUGUUAAAUCGUUGGGCGAUAAUCCCUAUUUCGGAGCUGGAGCCGGACUCUUUGGAAUUGGAGUUCUGGCAACGCUGGCUCGUAAGGGAGGCUCCUACGCCCAACUGUUAGCCAGACGGAACUUUCUGAUGUCCCUAGAGGUUAAUAGCAAGGAUCACUGCUACCACUGGCUGCUCAAAUGGCUCGGUGAAAAGGCUCACAACCGAAACCACACGAGCGUCAACACAAUUUUUCUACAGGGUGACUCUGGCAAGAUUAGCACCAGUUUUCUCUUCGGUCCUUCUCCGGGCACUCACCUCGUCUGGUUCCAGGGCUGGCCUCUCUGGAUUGAACGGACCAGGGAGACACAAGCCAGAGACUUCCAGACAGGGAUGCCAUAUGAGACGAUGACUCUGACCACAUUUGCAGGCAGGCCCACUCUCUACUCGAGGAUACUUAGUGAUGCGAGGGAAUCAGCCUUGAAAGCACACGAAGGUCGUACUAAAAUCUACGUGGCGAGAGCGGCCGACUGGUGUGAGUUCGGGACUCCGCGACUGAAGCGACCUCUGGAGUCGGUGGCAUUCAAACCUGGACUGAAGGAGGAAAUUCUUGACGAUGUGCGCAGUUUCCUGGAAUCGCCAGAGUGGUACCAGUCCAGGGGCAUUCCAUACAGAAGGGGUUACUUGUUGCAUGGACCUCCAGGGUGUGGCAAGAGCAGUUUCAUAUUCUCCCUGGCUGGCAGCAUCGACUAUUCCAUCUGCAUUCUCAACUUAGCACAACAGAUGUUCACGGACGACCGACUGCAGCACUUGUUAGUCCAUGCGCCUCAUGACUCAAUAGUGCUUCUGGAGGAUAUCGACUGUCUCUUCCAAAAACGAGGAGGAGAUGCGAACAUGCCACAUCCACACUCUAAUCAGCCAUACUCACCUGGUCCACUCUCCAUGUCUGGACUCCUGAAUGCCCUGGACGGCGUCGGCAGUGGAAUCGGACGUCUGGUUUUCAUGACCACGAACCACCCACAAUUAUUAGAUCCAGCCCUGGUCAGACCCGGUCGAGUUGACAAAAGUGUUCAUAUUGGAUAUCUGGAACCGAGCCAGGCGGAGACAUUAUUUGCUAAUUUUUACCCAGUUUCUGAUCGGAAAAGUCGCCGUGAUUUUGUAGAGGUGUUUAGAAAGUUCGACACUUCGUCAAUAUCGCCUGCUAUGUUGCAGGCACAUUUUAUGAAUUUCAAAGAAACGCCUCACAUGGCAAUUGAAAAGUUUGAAAAUUGUGUUAAUUAA